AUGGCGUGGGUGGCGCGAGCUAAACUGAAAGAUGAUUGCCGGAUGCGGUAUCUGAUUAGGGUGCUAGCGCCAAGUAUCCAUCAGCACAUGAGAUCAAGGAAGUCUGCUGCGCAGGCGUGCUGGUUUCUAGACCAGAACGCUAGUUUGACCGGUUCUCAUUUCGGCAUUCCGAUUCCUAUUCCCGCAGCUGAGGUGGCAAUGAGAAUGCAAGCUCUGUUUUCUUUACUCUGGUGCGCCUUGAGGAGUCGAGUGCGCCCCGAGGUUCGGCCAAUCCCGGACGCGUUUCCGUUGCAUUCCCGUGGUUGGGGUGUUUCUCACCAUUCUAGAGAGCUUUUACGACAGGGUUGUGGAUUCAAGGUGGAGAUGGGCAGAGGCUGGACGUUCAUGGGAACGCUUUUGCCAAGAUCAUCAAUGACUCACUGCGAACAGCGCCUAAGGCCUAAGGAUCCACUGGAGCUGGGAUAUACUAUUCAGCGAUGUGCUAACAGCUUGCGUCUUUGGGCGUCUUGCAUGUUCCAUCCCCAGCAUCCGUCGUGGCUCGUCGACGCCGGCGCUCUGCCAGCUUCACCACCAGUGCAGCGCAUCGUAAUACUCGGUGACCCCGAUGUACGUCUUGUGCAUCCCCUUCUCGAUAAUCCCUUGCUCGCGCGGACAGUUUUGGUCGUGCCAUCAAGUAAUCCGGCGAAAUGGAUUCCCGUGGGCGAAAGGUCCUCGUCGGUAUCUCUAGUAAUCCUACGAACGAACAAGAAGCACAGCAAAGGCGGUGCCCUACACCUUCUCUCCGUACUACAGCGUGCGGCACGCACACCAUUACGACUGAUGAAGCAGUACAGCCAAUAUGACUACGAAGGACGAGAGGAGAUGUUUGGUUUCGUACCCAUGAGUACUAUGGCGGAGGAUACGAGCGAGGUUGAGAGCGCGGGAGUCCUACCCAUACCAUCCUUCCACGCUGUCAUCAACUUCCUCGACGGCAGACCGGGAAGCGAGCGGGAAGCCUUGAGGACGGGAAUCCUGACGACAUCAUUGGUUGGCGGGUUCUUGUUGACAGGGAAUGGAAAGAGGAAGACCCAGCUGACAGCGCCAAGACGAACAUCCAGAUUGUCGUUCCUAUCGCGACGCCCAAGCCCAGCGCCCACGACGACGACUGAGCAAGAGGCAGAACAUGGCACUGAAGAGAGAUGCGCUCAUCCGAUAUCUACUACCAAACCCGCCACGCACUACGACUAUAUACUCCCUUUCAAUCUUUUACUGUCGUCGUACGGGCCUAGUAUACUGGACUUUGUCCUAGCCGGGGCUCUCGAUGGCGGUGGGUCCAAGGCGUGGAUUCGUUCGGUGCACGAUGUCCGUGUGACCGGCGGCAGUGUUAAGAUGAAGGGCAGUGGGCUCCCAACACCACCAGAUAGCGAGGAGGAUCUUGAUGGUGUGAAAGGCGGAUACCAGAUGGAUGAUUCACCGCCUUCGUAUGUUGAGGGGGGGAGAGAGAAGACUUUAAGGGCUUUAGAGAAAGGGAAAGAGAGAGAAAGGGUGGGAUCAGCAUUAGGGAAGAAUCCUGUCAGAUAUUCGCAACCACUGUCGAGGGGCGGUCCCAUAAGAGUGUCCAAGUCGGAUGGAACCGAACAGAAUACUCGCCGUUCGACUUCCCGAGACCGCCGUCGUUCAGAAUGUUCGAAGCCGGAACAUGGUUAUUCUCAGUCACGCUCAAAGUCCGACCAUGGGCACCGACCUACACGAGCAACCGUACCCGUCGUCCCUCAGCGCGCUCAAACUGUCUCUUCAAAGCAUACGUCCCGAUCCACGAAACCUUCACGAUCACCGACAAGUACCAAUUCUAUACCCAAACCCAGCGCACCUUCAAUACCUCGUUCUCCUACCGUAGCCAGACCUCACCCAGUCCAUCAUGCUCAUACCCAUGCGCGCAGGCCCUCUGAUACACAUGUAUCGCACGUUUUACCCAGUCUACCAACCCCGAGAAGUACCCCGCCAAUACCCAUAAAGAACACUACUGCUACCUGGGAUACCAGGGAAAAGCCGCUCCCUCGGAUUUUGAGACGGAAAGAGGGUAAACUCGAUGCCAGGCAGAGGUCGAGCUGGUUUCUGAGUUUUUGGGGCAGAGAUUGAAGGUUAUAUGACAGACUUUGAUACGCGGAUUUAUAUAAUAGUGUAAACAUCUUACCGGGAAAGUUAUUUUGUGUCGCAAGACGACUUUACGAAUAAUGCAGCAUCUAUCCGACAAGCAGGAUCAUGUCACACGAAAAAAGAGCGUUCCGUCCACCGCGAUUUCAAAGCAUUGGCUCGGCGCUUACGUUCUGGAUGAUCUUUGCUCCUCUACCAGCUUGUUCUUGAGGGCCAAGACAUCUCUUCUUUAAGAGCAGGCUUCUCGCGCUGUCGCGGGUGCUUAACUUCUAUUUU